UCGUUGUGGUUGGGUUGGAGAUGUUUGUUAGCGCGAGCUGAGGCUGCGCUCAAAGAGCGAAGUGAAUCUCUUUGAGGCAAUUCCGCAAACACCACACGAGCAAUGGCUAGAGCUCUCUCCCUUUCCACCCAAAUCUCUCUCAGACCAAGGGUUUCGGCAAUCCCUGCACCUUCUCUUCCUGUCAUAAGCUUGAACAAUGGCCGCUAUUGGAGAAGGUUGCACUCUUUUGGGGGAAUUAUGGGCAGUACUCGAGCAAGAGCGGCGUUGUCCGAUUUUGCCACUGAGAAACAGUACCCGAAGGUGGGAGCUCAAUCAACUGGCUUGAUUCCCCCGGAUCACCUUCUCCAGGUUGUGGAGACCGCUGCCAAUACUGGCGCAGAGGUUGUGAUGGAAGCUGUAAAUAAGCCUCGGAAUAUUAAUUACAAGGGGAUCACUGACUUGGUCACAGACACAGAUAAAUCCAGUGAAUCUGCUAUACUUGAAGUGGUAAGAAAAAACUUCAGUGACCAUCUUAUUCUUGGGGAGGAAGGUGGCUUUAUUGGGAACCCAAAGUCUGAAUAUCUUUGGUGUAUCGACCCUUUAGAUGGCACUACAAAUUUUGCACAUGGUUACCCUAGCUUUGCUGUAUCAGUAGGAGUUCUCUUUCGUGGCAAACCAGCUGCUGCCUCUGUGGUGGAGUUUGUGGGUGGCCCAAUGUGUUGGAAUACUCGCACAUUUUGUGCAAUAUCUGGUGGUGGUGCAUUUUGUAAUGGGCAAAAGAUUCAUGUUAGUAAGACUGAAGAGGUGGAGCGUUCUCUUCUAGUAACUGGCUUUGGAUAUGAUCAUGAUGACGCAUGGGAAACCAACAUAAAUUUAUUCAAGGAAUUCACCGAUAUCAGCAGGGGUGUUAGGAGACUUGGUGCCGCCGCCGUGGAUAUGUCACAUGUGGCCCUAGGAAUUGUAGAAGCUUACUGGGAGUAUCGAUUGAAGCCAUGGGAUAUGGCUGCUGGUGUCUUGUUAGUCGAAGAAGCUGGUGGCAUUGUCACACGCAUGGAUGGCGGAAAGUUCACAGUUUUUGAUCGGUCUGUUUUGGUUUCGAACGGUCGGCUUCAUGGAAAGCUCUUGAAGAGGAUAGGUACUGCUACUGAGAAUCUGAAGAACAAGGGGAUUGAUUUCUCCCUCUGGUUUAAGCCGGAAAACUACAUUACUGAUUUUUGAAAUUUUAUGAUAUUUUGUUGCAUGUUUUCUUUGAUGUUCUGAUAUUCAAUAUCAGCUUUGUUCAGUCAA